AGAUGGCCGCCGUUUAACGAAACAUGGUAAUGCCAUGGUCUUUCAAUAUACGGUAAAGUGAUAUACGGUCACCACCGAAACUUCAAUAAAACGUGGACGAUUAGGAUGUAUGUUUCCUAUUGGUAAGGUGGCAAUGCGAUUUUACUUUCUCAAUAUCUAUCUCUUGAACUCGUUCCAACGUAUUCGUUUCAUUUUUAGCAUAUAAUCUGGCUUUAUUUCUAAAGGUUUACUAUGAUAUAAAUCGGUUAUCAUGAGUAGAAUGUGCCUUUAAUUGGGUCAGGAAUAGGUUUACAUUGUAACUAACGUAGAUGGAAAACUUGAGUCUGUUUCACAGUUGGCUUUUUUAUUAAGGUAAUCUGGGCUGUUAUAAUUUAUAAUUUUGUAUAUAGGCAUUCCAUUGAUUUGAAAGUGGUGCGAAUCAUUAUUACCAAUAUGUUACACAACUUUCUUCACAGUGUUUUUUUCUAAUGAUAGUCGGUUGACUAAAGAUCGUCCAUGGCACCAUAUGAAAUUAAAUAUUGUACUGACUGACUUGUAAGCCUCGUAAGAGGAUAGCUGCAUUAGUGGAAUUCUAACCAACCGCACUCUCAGGUUGAAGUUCUUGAUAUUAGAUUGUUGCUCUGUUUCUUUGACGUUUUGCACUGCGAAUAUUUUAUUGUAGUCAUUGUUCUGAUGUACUUCUACUUCCUACAAGAUGGAGGCAUUAAAGUCACUUACGAACUUCACUGACAAGUUUUACGAACAAAUAUUAAAUGAAGCUCAUGGUCAAUGGGAAAAUGUUUUUCUCUCGCCGUUCAAUAUCUAUACUGCCCUCGGAAUGGUUCUUUCAGGCAGUGGAAACAAUACGAAAGCCGAGAUGACAAAGGCAAUGCAAUUGUCUGACUGUUUAGAACAUGAUCAAGUUCAUCAUGAGAUUGCUCAACUUUUAAAUGAUUGUUCGAAACCUAGUGAAGGUGUUAAUAUAAUCCUUGCUAAUAGAUUGUUCGUUGCACAAAAUGUGAGAAUCAAGGAACAGUUCAAAACUAAUCUGAAGACAUACUACGAUGCUCCAACAGAACAUGUGGCAUUUGAGACUGACAUAGAAGGUUCUCGAAACCGGAUAAACCAGUGGGUUAGUGAACAAACUAAAGGACAAAUUCAAGAACUGCUUUCACCCGGUUCUUUAACAAAGGACACGUCUGCUGUAGUGACAGCUACCACAUACUUCAAAGGUUUGUGGAAUAUGUGUUUUCCUGAGGAUAACUCACAUACUAGCGAGUUUUAUGAAUUGAGUGGAUCAAAAAUGAGUGUGAAGUUGAUGUAUAACGAAUCAUAUUUCGAUAUGGUCAGUUUACCCCACUUGAGGUCACGUGCUGCGAAGAUACCAUUUAAAGACCCCAAGUUUACGUUAUUGAUCAUUCUUCCAGAUGCAAAUGACGGAUUGCCCGAUUUACUGGAUUCAAUGUAUAAACAUGGUGGAGUUUCUUCAAUACUUUCCACGAGUUUCCAAAAUACAAAAAUGCGUUUGUAUUUGCCUAAAUUUAGAUUAAGAGAAGGUUAUGCAAUAAAACUGAAAGAUCAUCUGCGAAAAUUGGGGAUAAACGAUGCAUUCUGUCCUUUAUCAGCUGACUUUUCAAAUGUUUCUGACUCAGAUAGGAUGUGUAUAUCAGAUGUGAUGCAUAAAGCUGUUUUUGAAGUAAGUCAAUUAGAUACAUGUAGAAAACACAUUUUUGGGAAUUGUUUUGAUCUCAGUUAAUUAUGUACCAGUUUUGAGGAGGUACGAUUGUUCCGCUUUUUUAAUAUUCAUUGGCUAUUUGUAAAUGUAGUUGAAUAUGUAAUAUACAAUUAUGUUAUCAGUUCUGGCUAUCAGUAAUACAUUUUCAUAGUUGCAUAAUUUCUUGAAUCUCGUGUUGAUUGACAAAUGUUCACUGAAAUCAAAUGCAAUUUAUAGCACAUCAUUUGGUUAUAAAUAUAAACGUACAUAUUUGCGUUUCUUCUUAUAUUCAACACUACUGAAUAGUUACGAAAAUGGAAAAAAUUUGUAUGUUAUGCACAAAUUGUGCACAAAUCACUAGAGGUAGCUAACCCAUACCCAACCCUGUUCCUUUAGUCGAGCAUGAGACUGGCAUUAACUCUAGAAGAGCUACUUCAAUCUACAUUUAAAUGUCACGUUUAUUGUUCACAAAAUUCUGUUUCUACUGUCAUAACAUAGUAACAAUAAUGAAUAGUUUUGAAUGACCUAACAUGGAGACAACUUUGCUUUACUUAAUGUAUCCUGACAUUACUAAUAUACAGUAUAUUACUGAUUGUAAAUAUUUACUGAUCAGUUAAAUGAAUGAAUUACACAUAUAGCUAAUGGUAUAUUCAUUGAUCGUCAAAUGACAUUCAACUUUUGAUAUAUCUAGCAUAUCUCGUAUCAAAUUACUAAACUAUAUUAUUAUACAAGGUUAUCAAUUUGGCGUGAUCACAUUUAACCAUUCACUCCAUAAUCACACAAAUAGUACUAUCAGAGUGUGUGUAGGUUCUCAUAUAUAUAUCAUUAGUAUUUACCACAAUAGUUUAUCUCGAAAUUGAGACUACAAAAAUUGAUUUUUCUAUGUGGUUCACAAUUUUUUAAACAUUCUUUCGUAAAACAGCAGAUAACAUUAAUAUUUGGUUCACUGUGUUCAUAAAUAAUACUGUACAUCUUACCGAGUCAAUGGUUGUCUGCUCAAAGUCAUAUUUCAACGUGAGCUAGGACCGAUCUUGCCCUACAUCCAUGAAGUAGUAUGCUUACUAAUUCACUUCAUGUCAAUAUUAACAUACGAAUGAUAAAAAAUGAUUACAGACAGAAUUUGUAUGAUUACCUCAAGUGCUUAAGUAUAGACUUUUGUCAAAAUUUUCAAAGUCUUUCUUAUCUGAAUCCCUGUUAUAAAAUGUUGUCAUUGAUUUUCUUGAUGGAAAAUUCUCUCUAGUAAUAGAUUGACACAAUAACACUCAUCUCAACUUGAUGUACUUUCAGAAUACCAUAGGUUUACCAUCGAGUAUAUUAAGUUGCCAACAGAAUUUGUGUUUAUGUGGCUAUCAAUAAUAGAAGCUCUAGUUUUUCUUGAACUUUCAUUAAAGACGUACCAAAUAAGUAAUAAUUCUGAUAUACGAAUAUUGGUCAAGAUUAGAACGAACAGUUUGCCAGGAAUUGGGCGUCGAGUAUAGAGGUCACAUAUACGGCACUAUUUCUCUGAUCUAUCUAUCCUUUAAUCUGCAUGAUAUGUGGGAAGAGGGUUGUCUCGACCUAUUUUAGAGUAUUUAGUGCUACUGUGAGAUUUAUAAUACAUAAGUCUGAUUCAUGGCUGGACAGCGUUGAAGGAAGAAAUCUAUCCCAUCACUAAGCUAUGAUCUGAUAGGUUGGAAAGCGGAGGGAGAAAACGAUCGAGCUGGAAAUUACCAUAGCUAUUCCUCAUUUGACGAACCGAACUCAAAAUAGGUAAAUAAAUAAAUGACUAACGCGAUCACAACUCUCGUGAGAUACAAUUAUAUCCAAACAACGGGAUUAAAAUAUGGAAAUAGAAUGCAAGGUGACUGAGAUUACAGUAAUUUUGUUGUAAAAAGAAUAUUAGAAUAAUUUUUACAUCACAUCACUACCUUUCGACGGCGAGGGUGUUGUUUACUGAAUUGUUGAACACGGUGAGUCCAUCUAGGGGAGUUGGAAAACCCUGAUUGCAAACCAAUGGUGCACAUGGGUUCCAAGAACCUAAGGAAACAAAUGCCGUAUGAACGUAUUGUUGGUGAUCACCUAGCUCCUGAUGUGGCCCCAUAAGAAAACUACUUGCUUCGAUAUGGGUACCUGAGCAGUAUCCCAACCCUGACAGAAGUUAAAUGAUUUAUGUUGCUCAUAUCUAUUUGGUGCCUCGUUUUACCAAUGUUUGUGUAUUUAAAUAAAUAAAUAGAAAAACUAAGUGAUAUUAUUUUGUGUAUUUUGAAUUAUUCAAGACAGUAUACAAAUAGAAUCUUUCAUUGUUUGUUUCUGUUUAUUUAUUCUUUUGUUCCCAAUACAUAUAUAGGUGGAUGAAAAAGGUGCAGUGGCG